UUUCAACUCGAAAUCACAACAGUUCUUGAGAAUUUUCUUCAUUCAAAAGCAGAUCAGGGCUUAGAAGUUUUGGGAUUCCGUCAUGUAUAACGGGAUAGGGUUACAGACGCCUCGUGGCUCCGGCACCAACGGCUACAUCCAAUCGAACAAGUUCUUCGUGAAGCCGAAGACGAACAAAGUCGUCACCGACUCGAGUAGGGGCUUCGAAUCGGGUCAAGGGACCGCGGGUGUGACCCGAAAACCCAAUAAGGAGAUCUUGGAGCACGAUCGCAAGCGUCAGAUUCAACUCAAGCUUCUUGUGCUGGAGGAGAAGCUGAUUGAUCAGGGUUAUACGGAUGCUGAGAUUGCGGAGAAGCUAGAUGAGGCGAGGAAGUCGCUUGAGGCGAAGGAGAAUGAGGACGGCGGAUAUAAUGCAGUUAUCUCAGAAAAAUUUUCAGAGACACAAACGCAUCAGGUAGCUGCACGAAAGGAAAGGCAGAUGGAGACACUGAAAGCUGCUCUUGGAAUAGAAUCUGAAGCUGAUAGAGAAAAGAAGCUUCGUGAUGCAGAGGCCCAAGAUUCUGAAGAGGAUCUUGAAGAGGGUGAGCAAAGAAACAAAAAGGAUGCUGCUGAUAGUCAUAAGCAGCAUAGAAAAGACGCAAGAGAUGAGAAGGAUGAUUUGCGCAAGAUUGCAAGAAAAAAUGAAUCUGGUAGAGAUGAAAUAAAGGGCCAAAGUAAGGAAAAAAACAGAAGGCGGCAUGAUGAUUCCUCGGAUUCUGAUAGCAUUGUGAAGCAUGGGACUAAGGAGAAGCACAAAAAGGACAGAAGACAUGUCGAUACCAGUGACGAUUCUGAUGGAGAUGUUAGGAAGAGAAAGGAAGAGUCGUCCAGGAAACACAAGAAACAUGAAAGUGGUUCUUCUGAUUCCGAUUCUGAAUCUGAAUCGGGAUCUGAUUCUGGUUCACGUUCAGAAUCUGAUUAUGACAAGAAGUACAAGAAAGCUCGGAGGCGGUAUGAUUCUGAUGAUGACUAUAGUUCUGGUGGAAGUCCUAAAAGUAGAAAGCAAAGGCCAAAGAAGCCAUCAAAAAACAAACGGCAUGACUCCGAUGAUGACAGUUCUGAUGAAGGCCGUGACCAUAAGAGUAAAAAGUCAAAGAGCAGAAAUCAAGUUUCUUAUGAUAAAUAUAGCUCUGGUGAUAGCCCUAAACACCACCCAAAGGGAAAGCAAACUCGAAAGAGUAGGGAAUUUGACUCCGAUGAUGAUUAUGAUUCAGAUGCCGGCCCCAAAAAUAGGACUGGAAGGAGCAAAGAGGUUUCCAGGAGUAGGCGGUAUGAUUCUGAUGAUGAGGCAUACACUGAUAGAUUAGAGGAAGAUGAAAGAACCCGAUCGAAGAAAAUGAAUCAACUGCAAACUCGCAGACCAGAGGAUUCAUCUCGUGAUAAUGGUGGGAAAAUCAGGAGUGAGAAACAAGAGAGAGUCGGUGGAAGAUAUGGUCAAGAAAGUGACUCAGAUUUUGAGGAAGUACCCAAAACGAAAAGAGAGCGGCAAGAUAGAGGUGAGUAUGAAUUAAGUGCUGGCCGCGGAAGAUAUGGUCAAGAAAGUGACUCUGAUUUUGAGGAUGCAACCAGAAAGAAAAGAGAGCGGCAGGAUAGAGGUGAGUAUGAAUUAAGUGCUGGUCGCGGAAGAUAUGGUCAAGAAAGUGACUCUGAUUUUGAGGAAGCGGGCAAAAGGAAAAGACAAGAUAGACGUGAGUAUGAAUUAAGUGCUGGCCAUGGUAGGCAAGAGAAAAAUUAUAGAAGAAAUCGGAUUCAUGAUUCAGGUAAGGAUGAUAAUCGUAGGAGUGAUGAUUCUAUUGAAAGAACUAGAGGUACUGAUCAGAAUCGUGAUAGAGUCGAAGGUGUAAAGCCCCUGGGAAGGAACAGAAUUGGUCAUGGCGAUGAUUCAGGUGGUAGAGGUGGAGCGAAGGAUUAUGCGCAUGAGAUUGAUGUUGAGGAUAAACAAAAGAAUAAGGCCGAUGGAUUGGACACAUUUAGGAAAUUGGAGCAACUCUAUAAAUCGAAAGGAGAUGGAUCUGGAGAUGAAAGGGAAGAUAUAACAAGGGGUAAGAGGAAAGCUGACGAUGGAAGUCAGGAUGAACAACCUGAGGUGAAGUCUAGAAGGCGGGAUUCAACAAAAGAGAUUGGGUAUGAGGGCACAAAGGAUAUAUCUGAUACACAGACUAAACUGUAUAAACAUAUGGAAGAUAAGAGCAAAGACUCAAUGCCAAGACGUGGUGGGCAUAGUGUUGAUGGUGGUGAUCAUCGUGAUAAAAUUCGUAGUAGGAAUGAGUCACAACAUGAUAAUAGGAGAGAUAAUCGGGACCAUGAAAGUCAUGGACGGAGUAGAAGAGAAAGAGGGGAUGACGAAGACCGCCUUGGCAGAAAGCAUGAAAAGGAUAGAGAUGAAGAGUCAUAUAAGAGAGGUCGUGAGCAUCAGCGAGUAGGAGAGGAUCGAGUGAGCAUGAAGGCUGAGAGAGAAGGAGAAUACAGUUUGAAGAAGGCUAGAUAUAAUGAAGUACGUUCUAGUGGGAGAAGGUACGAUGGCGACAGGGAUGACGAGAGGCGGUCUAGACACUGGUAAUGAAUGUGUUGAUGCCCUGAAGUUGAAGACAAGGAUGUGGAAUUUACUUGGUGCCGCACAUGUCAUAGCUGGCUUGGAGUAACUAUUCGCUCAUGGUGGUGGGACUGGUCGCACAGAGAGUUUGGACCACACCAUGUUGAACAUAAAUGCUGACUCCCAUGUUUGGAAAGAGCCCCUCAAGGGCUUUUUGCGUUCUUGUCAUUAAUGCAAUAUGCUGUAUGAUUUGCCAACAAGAAUUUGAUUUAAUGCAUCUAGUGGUGUGAAGUGUGUUUGUUUUGAUGUAAUAAUUUGGUGUCAAGUUGCUGGUGUAAUGAAUCCAGUGAUAUUAACUCUUUUUUCUUUGCCAAGUGUGGAUCUUAUCA